GCCAGUCGAGCAGGCCAAGUAUCACUCAAUGCUGCUGCUUUCCUAUCUGCCUCUCGCAGUGUGUCUGCAUACCAUGGACAACGAGGCGGCAUGCCAAUGACGAAACAUAGCAAAAGUAUCAGACCAGCGCCAUCACUCCGCGUCCAACGACGACAUCUCCUCACCAGAGGAGGCACCGCCCCGACGACCAUCGAAGCACACCAGCGGCAGGUCGACGAGAUAUCGGAGCGCGUUCGAGGCUUCUAUGAGCGAAAGGAAAAAUUCCGCAUCUUCCAUGGCUCGACGAACAGUACACGCAAGUCCGCUAUGGGCAGAGAUCCGAGGACGGUAGUGGAUACCAGCAGACUGAACCAUGUAGUGUCAGUGGACGUAGAAAAGAUGACGGCAUUGGUCGAACCCAAUGUGCCAAUGGACAGACUUGUGGAAGAGACAUUGAAGUAUGGACUCGUGCCACCUGUAGUCAUGGAGUUUCCUGGCAUCACUGUGGGAGGUGGCUAUUCAGGGACCGCUGGAGAGUCCUCGUCAUUUAAGCAUGGCUUUUUCGACCGCACCCUGAACAACGUGGAGAUGGUUCUCGCCACAGGCGAAAUCAUUACCGCAUCAGAGACAGAAAACUCAGACCUCUUCCGUGGGGCUGCCGGUGCAGUGGGCACAUUUGGCGUUACUACAAUGGUCGAGCUACAAUUGAUCAAGGCUUCUAGAUAUGUCGAGGCCACAUACCACCCCGUCAACAGCAUGGAAGAGGCUACCGCGACGCUUUUAGACUUUACUUCAAAGCCUGAUGAGUUUGACUACAUCGAUGGCAUCAUGUAUUCGCAGAACAGUGGAGCCAUCGUCACCGGACGAAUGACUGACAACCCUUCCGCUGGUAUUCCGGAGCAACGGUUCAGUGACCCCAAAGAUCCAUGGUUCUAUCUCCACGUCAAAGAGCGCAUACGGAAUUGCGAAGCGCCAACCUCGGACGUGAUUCCACUCCCAGACUAUCUGUUCAGAUAUGAUCGCGGCGGGUUCUGGGUGGGUGAGGGAGCAUUUGGAUAUUUCAAAUUUCCCUUUGCAAACUGGUCCCGUAGAUGGCUCGACGACUUCUUGCACACCCGUAUGCUAUACAAUGCACUCCACUCCAGCGGUCGCUCAGAACAGAUGAUCAUUCAGGAUCUCGCGCUCCCGUACGACCGAGCGACAGAAUUCGUCAAACGCAUGGACGAGAAGCUUGGAAUCUGGCCACUUUGGCUAUGUCCACUCAAGCAAAGUCCAUCCCCCACGAUGCAUCCCCACUAUAGCGAGUACGAGGCGGACGGGAAAACGCUCAAACCCAUGCUCAACAUUGGUCUGUGGGGUAAAGCACCGCCUACACAUGAAGCUUUUGUGAAGGCGAAUCGAGAGAUUGAAGCCACGCUACAGGAACUACGAGGCAUGAAGUGGCUGUAUGCGCAGACCUACUUCAACGAAAACGACUUUUGGAAGGAUUUUGACAGAUCUUGGUACGAGAAGCUCAGACAGAAGUAUUCCGCCACGACCCUCCCCACAGCGUGGGAGAAGGUGCAUGUCAGCGUGGAGGCGGAGAAGAACGCGAAACAGAAAAAGUCGUGGACGCAAAGAUUGCUAGAGACUUGGCCCAUGGCUGGAUUCGUGGGCAUUAAGAGGAGCAUUCAAAGUAAGGACUACGUCCAGGCGAGAAACCCGGCUUGGAAGGAUUGGGUGCCGAGGAAGGAGUGAAGUUUGAGGAUUUGCUGGGGCACAAAUGGCGGAAAACUCUACUGCGCCCUGCCUGCCGAUACACUGUCUCGUCAAUGACCUGGAGUUGCCCUGCUGGAAGCGCCUCAAGAGCGCAUAAACUCCCAGUGCGAUAUUCCUUCUUCCCUUUUGAACACACCACUGAACGCGCCAUCUCGCUGUAUGCCAUUGCUCAAUACCAUGCUAAUAAAUCCAGGCACACGGCAUUCGCACUCCCAACCAGAACCUCGGAUUGAUUCUAGACAGACCAUGAAGCAUCUCUCCACGUCACGACGCGCAUAAGAUUCCUCCGUUCAUGUGGCUCUUCGCUCAUCAUCGAUGAGGACGCUGCUCAACAUGCACAUCAAGCCGCCACGACUCGGCACCAUUUUCCACAACAAGCUGCACCUCUUGCCUUGGCGUGCCAAGGCCCCGCUCCGCCAGCGGCAGCAUCUUGACGGGAUCGCCAUAGGCCUGCCCAUCGCUCAUCAGCAUAUUUGAAUGUGUACAUCAUCAGCGUGGCGAAUACUCACAAGUCGCCAAAUUCUUCAAUUCUGCAUCCGUACUUCCGAACCAGUACUUCAACAAGCCGCCACUCGCACAAGCUUCCUCGUGAGACUUUUGAUCGAGCAGGGCUAGUCUCCCGCGAUCGAUGCCGGGGAGAAGGACGGAACGAAAGAUGACAGUAUAGAAGCUGAGUUGCUUCCAUGCAAAGCCUGUACGGUGCGGUUGCGUAGUCGUCGCGAAUCGGCUUCAGAGAAGUGAGAGCAAACGCAAAGAGUCGAUAUGGAAUUUCUAGAUCGUCGAGGACGAGCCGAUUGGCCAAAUGGUUGUAGGGCGAGCUGAUGAGAUAGCUCGCGUUGAGGUCGAUUGUGGAGGGAGUCACGACACUGUCCUGCGCAGCCCUGGAGGUUGCAUUG